AUGGCUGCAGCAAUGGGCAUCAUGGACGAUGAGGACCUGCUGGACUAUUUCCGCAUGGAAUACAGCCGGAACCUCCUGCACCUGCAGAGGAGGCUGCGAGGGGCAGAGGAGGUCUCCCUGUCCGCAUUUAUCCACCUGCAGCAGAAGAGGAAAGAAGCCAAACUGAUGCGGGAGGCUCUGGAGGCGAAGAUGGAGGAGUUCAAGGAGAGGAUGGAAGCCGUGGCGUGCUGCUGGCCGGACCUGCACACCCAGGAGGCUGAGCUGAAAACACACACGGAGGAAUCCCUGAGGAUCGCAAAGGAAGAUGAUAAAAUGCAAGUCCAAGCUCUGAAGAAAGCAACCAGAAAGAGAGAGGAGAAAGUACAAAAGGAGUUUGAGCUCUUGACAGCUAACAGGGAACUGGAAGUCUGGAGAAAUAAGCAUGAGAAACUCUACAACACAGUGCAGAAAUACUCCAUCUUCAGAAGAUACCUGGAGGAUGUGGUGAAGAUCUCACAGUUUGUGGACACCCAAGAAGUCAUUUCACACUACAAGAUGCUACUGAGGCUGCACAAGGACCUGGAGCAGUCACAAGAGAGGCAUAAGGAAAAGUCCGAGCAAGGCAGCGUGUUCCUGGACCAGUACAUAGCAGAGAAAGAAGCUGAGAUCCUGCAGUGCAAACACAAGCUGCUGGAGCUCCAGCAACAUUUUGACCAAGCUAAAGAAGAUGCCCAGCUCUGGGAGACUCGCUGGGCUGACAUCCAGAAAACAAGUUCCAAGAAAGCCCUGGAGCUGGGCACCAUCAGGAUGGCCAUCCUCAACCUCUUCCAGAGCGCUGACAGAGAGAUGAACACCAAACUGAACGUGCCAGUGGAUGACAGCCAUAGACAACUGAACAUGAUUCAGCAGCUUAUGUAA